AUGUUCUCUGAGUUGAAAUUCCCUGUGCCCUGGGGCCACGUGGCAGCCAAGGCCUGGGGACCCUCGGAGGGACACCCUGUGCUGUGCUUGCAUGGCUGGCUGGACAACGCCAACACCUUUGACAAGCUCAUUCCACUGCUCCCCAGAGGUUGUUAUUAUGUGGCAAUGGAUUUUUCUGGCCAUGGCUUGUCAUCCCACCGACCUGCAGGCUCUCCCUACUAUUUUCUGGAUUACGUGAGCGAUGUGCGCCGGGUGGCAGCAGCCUUGCAGUGGAGACGGUUCACCCUGAUGGGUCACAGUAUGGGUGGGUCUGUGGCAGGAAUGUUCUGUUUCCUUUAUCCUGAGAUGGUGGACAAGCUGAUCCUGCUGGAAAAUCUUGGCUUUCUGCUAGGUCCAGAGGACACCGAGGAGUGGCUGAAAUCAGAACGGAUGGUGAUUGACAGAUUACUGAGUCUAGAAGCAAAGCAGCAAACUCCCAAAGCACGGAGCCCUGAAGCAGCAUUGCAGAGGCUCUUGGAAGCAAACAGACAUCUGACAGCAGAGGGUGGGGCAAUCCUGCUGCAGCGAGGAGCAACUGAGACACCCGCUGGGCUGGUGUAUAACAGAGACAUGAGAGUCCGUACGCAGAGUCGAAAGUCCUUCACGGUAGAGCAGUGUGUGAAGCUCUUGCAGAAGAUCCAGGACCGCGUUCUCAUCAUUGUAGCACAAGAUGGACUCUUGGUACCACACAAGCUAGACAACAGAAAUCACUUUGUGAAAGCCCUACGGGAGGCGUUCGAGUCUACCCUCAAAGAGCACAUCCAGCUAGUAGAGGUGCCUGGCAGUCAUUUUGUGCACCUGAACGAGCCCGAUGUGGUGUCUGGGAUCAUCAGCAACUUCCUGACAGCGCAGAACACCAAAGCCAGGCUCUAAGAAGCCCUCACUGCUGCAGCAGGAGAACAGGGAGCUAAAAAGCAGGCUCUGGAGGAAUUGUCGCCAUUCCUACCUCACAUCUGACAUCAGUUUCACGAUACUCUUUCCUAAGUUUAGCUUGCUGCAGGGUGGAAGCAGGUCUGCCAGG